AAAUAUGAAUUUGUUAAAUUCCCUUUCCAUUGUUUCACAAUGCUAACUCAACUUUGUAUGCUUUGCUUAGGUUACAGGGACAAACAUGGGAGACAGAGAAAUUAUUGAUUUAUCUAGUGAUGAUGAGAGUGAAAACGAAAAGGUUAUUCCCACAGCUGUGAAGCAGGAGCCAGAUCUUGUUUUCGAUGUAAAGCAAGAAAAAUCGAGUAAUAAAGGUGAACUGGCGAAUCGAAAUGGACCUCGCAUUCAUUCUGUUCGAGCAGCUGUUGAUGAUGAUUCAGACGUUUCUUAUGCGUCAGCCAUUUGUGCAGCACCCCUUACUCGGCAGUUUUGGAAAGCUGGGACUUAUGAUGAUGACCCUGCUUCGAAAAAAUUCACACUCCAAAAUGUCAAAAACUAUCUACAUGUACACCCUAUGUUCCUUCACUCGAAUGCAACUUCACAUAAGUGGGCAUUUGGUGCCAUAGCGGAGCUUCUCGAUAAUGCAGUUGAUGAGAUCCAAAAUGGGGCUACCUUUGUCCUUGUAGAUAAAACUUCGAAUCCAAAGGAUGGAAGUCCAGCAUUGCUGAUUCAAGAUGAUGGUGGUGGAAUGGAUCCAGAAGCAAUGAGGCAUUGCAUGAGUUUUGGAUUUUCAGAUAAGAAGUCAAAGCUGGCUAUUGGGCAGUAUGGUAAUGGCUUUAAGACCAGUAGUAUGAGGCUUGGGGCUGAUGUCAUAGUCUUCAGUCGGCAUAUGAGUAAUGGGAUAUUGACGCAAAGCAUUGGACUUCUGUCAUAUACAUUUUUGGUGCAAGAAAAGCUUGACAGAAUAGUAGUACCCAUGGUAAACUAUGGGUUUAAUUCAUCAACUGGAUCAUUGGAGAUAUUAAAUGGCAAAGAGCAUUUUGUGACCAAUUUAUCUUUGAUUUUGCGCUGGUCUCCAUACUCAUCAGAAGAAGAACUUCUUGGACAAUUUAGUGACGUUGGAUCUCAUGGUACUAAAGUCAUUAUCUACAACUUGUGGCUUAACGAUGAUGGGAACUUGGAGCUAGAUUUUGCUACGGAUCCCGAGGAUAUUCGAAUCGCUGGGGAUGUAAGGAAGAUUGACACAAUUCCUGCCUGGAGGGAAACAAAUGAGAAACAUAUUGCUCAUCGGUUCCGUUUCUCUUUACGUGUUUACAUGUCAAUAUUGUACUUGCAGAUACCAGAAAGUUUUCAUAUGUUUUUGAGAGGCAUAAUUGUGCAGCCACAUAACAUUGCUGAUGAUCUUAAAUAUAUUGAAUUUAUCUUGUAUAAACCACAAGUUGGUGGAACCGUGGAGGCAACAGUUGUGACAACAGUUGGAUUCCUAAAGGAAGCUCCUCGAGUCAUUAUGCACGGUUUCAAUGUAUAUCACAAAAAUCGGCUAAUACUGCCAUUUUGGCAGGUUGUGAACUAUAUAGACAGUAGAGGCAGAGGAGUUGUCGGUAUCCUGCAAGCGGAUUUUGUUGAGCCAACUCAUAAUAAGCAAGAUUUUGAGAAAACUUCUUUGUUUCAAAAGCUUGAAGCGCGAUUGAAGGAAAUGACAUGGGAAUACUGGGACGUGCAUUGUAGAUUGCUUGGGUAUCGUGAAAAGUAUCCAGUUCCUAAAGCGAAACAAGCCGAACUCAAUAGAAAGUCCUACCUUGUUGAUGCUAAAGCAGCAAAUGAAAAUGCUGAACUACGCAAGAGAACCAUGCGAAACACAUCUGAGCAAGGAUCUAAUAACAAGAGGAAGAUAUAUGAACAGGUAGACCUCCAUAAUUCAAAAAAGCAUGCAAAAGAAGAGAAUGUUAAAGGUGUUGGCAUAUCUCAGAAUAUGCAGGUUAUUCCGGCUCCUGCGGAGCAGGUGCUAGAUCAAGAGACCUUAACAUUGUUGGAUGAAAACCAGAAACUACAGACAAAGUACUUUCUGGCUGAAAUUGAAGGACUUGAGCAAAACUCUGAAAAAGGCUGACAAAAAGGACUGCUGAUGCUGUUGGAAUCUGACCUCCCUGCACUCAAAAUGGAUUUUCUGGAGCUACAGAACUCCAAUUGGCGCGAUCUUAAUGGCGUUGGAAAGUAGACAUUCAGGGCUUUCCAGCAAUAUAUAAUAGUCCAUACUUUAUUCGAAAAUUGACGACGUAACUUGGCGUUGAACGCCAAGUACAUGCUGCUGUCUGGAGUUAAACGCCAGAAAAACGUCAUGAUCCGGAGUUGAACGCCCAAAACACGUCAUAACUCGGAGUUCAACUCCAAGAGAAGCCUCAGCUCGUGGAUUGAUCAAGCUCAGCCCAAGCAUACACCAAGUGGGCCCCGGAAGUGGAUUUAUGCAUCAAUUACUUACUCAUGUAAACCCUAGGAGCUAGUUUAUUAUAAAUAGAACAUUUAACUAUUGUAUUAGGGAUCUUUGGUCUCAGUUUUGUUUUAUUCUUCAUCCUAAGAGGCUAUUGAUCACGUUUAGGGGGCUGGCCAUUCGGCCAUGCCUGAACCUUUUACUUAUGUAUUUUCAACGGUGGAGUUUCUGCACACCAUAGAUUAAGUGUGUGGAGCUCUACUGUACCUCAAGUAUUAAUGCAAUUCUAUUUCCUU